AUGUCGCCCUACCGUCGUGUAAGGCUAUUGUUGGUUUCGGUAUUCUUGCUUGUUCUGUUGAUCCUGUUCCUGACGGCGGAUCAGCGUCGAAUACGGAAUCAGACCAUCUACCAAAAGACAGUGGAGGCGCUUGAUGCCAAGCAUGCUCGCAACCAGGGGCAACGAGAUGACGAUGGGAAUCUGUUCCAGAAAUUAAAGCCUGAGAAACUGAGACCCGAAGAUGCACAAGCCGUGGCUGUCGACAGGCCGCGAUAUGACGGUGCAACAGUGUUAAAAGGCGAUCCUGAUGACGGAAAGGACAACAGCGGGUCUGUAGCGGGAAGGGUCAAAGUCCCUUCAGCGGGGGAGAAAGCGCCCGCUCCGGAGCAGAAGAAUGAGCCUGGCAACGUGGAGGUGGAGACAGAAUUCAACUCGAUCUUGAAGAGAUCGCCAAUCAUUAUCUUCUCCAAAACAUACUGCCCCUAUAGCCGCAAAGCGAAAUAUAUCCUACUCAAGAAAUAUAGCAUUGUCCCUGCUCCCUUCGUUGUCGAAUUAGACCAACACCAGCUGGGACCAGAGCUACAAAACCUGCUAGGGACUAACACUGGGCGCAAGACUGUACCCAAUGUGUUGAUCAAUGGCAUGAGCAUUGGCGGAGGCGACGAUAUUGAAGCGCUGGAUAUCUCGAGAGAUUUGGUGCCAAAGCUACAAAAGAUGGUGGGAAGACGCCUGGUGGAAGCCAGGCGCGUGGAUGAUAACCCGAUAUAA